CUCUAUCAAGAGAUGCUUUAGCCUCACCUGCAUGUUUGCCCGAGCACCACCUACUAGCAGUUGAACUUCCGCUCGAUCCUUUCCUUAGUCAUUUCGCUCCUCCCGUGGUCCGAAGCAAAGUUCUCGAGCUACAGGUCUGGUGAGCUAGACCGCUAAAGGACCGCAGAGAAAGCGCCCUCAGCAGAUAUCCCCCUUUGCCUGGGAAUCAUGGUGGCUCCCAUGAAGGGCCAAGUGUGUGUGGUGACUGGUGCCUCCAGAGGCAUUGGCCGUGGCAUUGCCUUGCAGCUCUGCCAAGCAGGUGCCACGGUGUACAUUACUGGCCGCCACCUGGAGACCCUUCGGGCCACUGCUGAGGAGGCACGAUCCCUCGGGGGCCAGUGUGUACCUGUGGUGUGUGAUUCAAGCCAAGAGAGUGAAGUGCGAAGCCUGUUUGAGCAAGUAAACCGGGAACAGCACGGGCGUCUGGAUGUGCUGGUCAACAAUGCCUAUGGUGGGGUCCAGGCGAUCCUGAACACAACUAAGUCAUUCUGGGAAGCCCCUGCCUCCAUUUGGGAUGAUGUAAACAAUGUUGGACUUAGAGGCCACUACUUGUGCUCCGUAUAUGCGGCACGGAUGAUGGUACCUGCUGGCCGGGGGCUCAUCGUGGUCAUCUCCUCCCCUGGGGGGCUGCAGUAUAUGUUCAAUGUACCCUAUGGUGUGGGCAAAGCUGCGUGCGACAGGCUAGCUGCUGACUGUGCCCACGAGCUGCGGCAUCAUGGGGUCAGCUAUGUGUCUCUGUGGCCAGGGAUGGUGCAGACAGAAAUGCUGAAGGACUAUAUGGCAAAGGAUCACUCUGAGGAUCCUCUGUUUAAAAAGUACAAACCAGGUUUCUCAACAGCAGAAUCCACAGAAAUGAGUGGCAAAUGUGUGGUGGCUUUGGCAACAGACCCAGAUAUCCUGAGCUUGAGUGGGAAGGUGUUACCAUCCUGUGACCUUGCUCGGCGCUAUGGGCUUAAGGACGUGGAUGGACACCCUGUUCAUGACUAUUUUUCCAUGAGCUCUGUUCUCACACAUGUCUCCAGCCUGGAAUGGUUGGCCUCCUACAUCCCUAACUUCCUGCGCAUGCCCAAGUGGAUUAUCACCCUGUACACCAGCAAGUUCUAACCCUCCAGCCUGAUGUCACAGUUCUGCUUCUUUUCCCAUGUGAGCUUGGGUGGUUGGGCCUAUCUUAAUAAAACAAAUCAGCUUUUUCUCACCUGUCCUUGCCCUUGGAUACGAAGAGAAUGCUUCUACCAGGCAUCCUUGUAAACUCUGGGAUCCCUGAUAAGUCAUUCUUUUUGCCUUGGUUUUCCUUGUCCCUACAUUUUACUUUUUUGCUUCAAUAUUGAAAAAUUCUCUGAACGCUAAUAAAGGACUCAU